AUGGCAUCUUCUUCUUCUGAUGUUUCAAUGAAGCUUUCUCUAGUACCUCCUCCUCAUAGAUCUUCGUACCUUUCUCCUGAACUAAAAGCUCAGUAUGAUCAAGUCUUUGAACAAAUCCCUCAAAACCCACAUUUUACUCCACUUUCAAACUUCACUGAUAAAACCAAAGAAGGAUUCAAACUAGGUUUUGAUUUAUCUUUUGUUUGGUUUGUUGAGAAAAUUAGAAACUCUUAUGAUCCAUCCAUCUUUCUUGGUCAGCUACAAAGUUUCACAACACAGUUGAAUGAAUUUGAAUGUAUGGGUUAUGAAGUCACCAAACUCAGAGAAAGAUUGAAUGCUUUGAAAGAACUAGCUGAACGAGAUGCAUUGCUGAAGCUUCAGAUUGAUGAAUUAGAAAAAGAAGAAACAGAGGAAACAGCAAAAGCUAAAGUUGAAGAAAUUCGUGUGGAGGAGAUGGAAAAAGAGGUUAGCAGAGCUAAACAAAAAUUAAGGGCACUAAAAUCAAACAUGUUUUUCAUUAAUUUGAAGAAGAAGAAGCUUAUUGAAGAUGCAGCAAUGAAUUUGACAGAGUUUUAA